AUGGGAUCGACGGUGCUGUCGGAGAUGGCGACGGAAAUAGUGGUACCGGUGUGUGCGGUGAUAGGCAUCAUCUUCUCUUUAAUCCAAUGGUUUCUGGUAUCACGCGUGAAGAUCACUUCGGAGCGAAACGCAUCGGGUUCGAACAACAAGAAUGGAUACAGUGAAAACUUGAUUGAAGAAGAGGAAGGUCUCAAUGACCACAGCGUUGUCUCCAAGUGUGCCGAUAUCCAGAACGCUAUUUCUGAAGGUGCCACAUCCUUUCUUUUCGCUGAAUAUAAGUAUGUUGGGGUUUUCAUGAUUGCAUUUGCGCUUCUCAUCUUCCUCUUUCUUGGAUCUGUUGAGGGCUUUAGCACAAAGAGCCAACCUUGUACUUAUGAUUCACAUACUAUGUGCAAGCCAGCGCUUGCCACUGCAAUCUUUAGCACUGUUUCCUUCCUGCUCGGUGCUUUCACUUCGGUCCUCUCUGGUUUCCUAGGUAUGAAAAUUGCUACCUAUGCCAACGCAAGAACAACCUUAGAAGCAAGAAAAGGAGUUGGCAAGGCAUUUAUUACUGCAUUUAGGUCUGGAGCAGUAAUGGGUUUUCUUCUAGCUGCAAAUGGUUUGUUGGUACUUUACAUUGCUAUCAAUCUCUUCAAGUUGUACUAUGGAGACGACUGGGAAGGCCUCUUUGAAUCCAUCACAGGUUAUGGUCUUGGGGGAUCUUCCAUGGCUCUCUUUGGAAGGGUUGGCGGUGGUAUAUACACGAAAGCUGCCGAUGUUGGUGCUGAUCUUGUCGGAAAGGUUGAAAGAAACAUUCCAGAAGACGACCCCAGAAAUCCAGCUGUCAUUGCCGACAAUGUUGGUGAUAAUGUUGGAGAUAUUGCUGGUAUGGGAUCUGACCUUUUUGGCUCAUAUGCUGAAUCAUCCUGUGCUGCCCUUGUUGUUGCUUCCAUCUCUUCUUUUGGAAUCCACCAUGAGUUCACUGCCAUGUUAUAUCCUCUGCUCAUUAGCUCUGUGGGUAUUCUUGUUUGUUUGAUUACAACCCUCUUUGCCACUGAUUUGUUUGAGAUCAAGGUUGUAAAGGAUAUUGAACCAGCAUUGAAGAAGCAACUUAUAAUCUCCACAGUUCUUAUGACUCUGGGAAUUGCUAUUGUGACUUGGCUUGGUGUGCCCUCAUCUUUCACAAUCUACAACUUCGGUACGCAGAAAGUUGUGAAGAACUGGCAGUUGUUCUUGUGUGUGGCAGUUGGUCUUUGGGCUGGACUCAUUAUUGGAUUUGUAACAGAGUAUUAUACUAGCAAUGCGUACAGCCCAGUGCAAGAUGUUGCUGACUCCUGCAGAACUGGAGCUGCCACUAAUGUGAUCUUUGGCCUUGCAUUAGGAUACAAAUCUGUCAUCAUUCCCAUUUUUGCCAUUGCAGUUAGUAUUUUUGUUAGUUUUAGCUUUGCGGCCAUGUAUGGCAUUGCAGUGGCUGCCCUUGGAAUGCUGAGCACCAUUGCUACCGGAUUAGCCAUUGAUGCUUAUGGUCCAAUCAGCGACAAUGCUGGAGGAAUUGCUGAGAUGGCUGGCAUGAGUCACCACAUUCGUGAGAGAACUGAUGCCCUCGAUGCAGCUGGCAACACUACUGCUGCCAUUGGAAAGGGGUUUGCAAUUGGAUCUGCUGCACUGGUGUCUUUGGCUCUCUUUGGUGCUUUUGUGAGCCGUGCAGGAAUUUCCACAGUUGAUGUCUUGACCCCAAAGGUUUUCAUUGGUCUGAUUGUGGGUGCGAUGCUUCCUUACUGGUUCUCUGCCAUGACCAUGAAGAGCGUGGGAAGUGCAGCUUUGAAGAUGGUUGAGGAGGUUCGCAGGCAGUUCAACACCAUUCCUGGUCUCAUGGAGGGCCAUGCCAAACCUGAUUAUGCCACCUGUGUCAAGAUCUCUACCGAUGCAUCCAUCAAGGAGAUGAUUCCACCAGGUGCUCUUGUCAUGUUAACACCCCUCAUUGUUGGAAUCUUCUUUGGCAUUGAGACUCUUUCUGGUGUUCUGGCGGGUUCCCUUGUUUCUGGUGUCCAGAUAGCAAUUUCUGCAUCCAACACUGGUGGUGCAUGGGAUAAUGCCAAGAAGUAUAUUGAGGCCGGUGCCUCCGAGCAUGCAAUAAGCCUUGGCCCAAAGGGUUCUGAGCCACACAAGGCAGCCGUGAUUGGUGACACUGUUGGCGACCCGCUUAAGGACACCUCAGGCCCAUCUCUCAACAUUCUCAUCAAGCUCAUGGCAGUAGAAUCACUAGUGUUAGGUUCUCAGUUUGUUUACCGUGGUUUAGUUGAAUUCUAUUUUGACGAGGUCAAUGAUGAUGAUGAUAAAUUAGGAUAUGUUAAGAGAUGA